AUGCAGGAAUGGGGGACUGGGAGGAGGGCUCACUCCACCGGCCGUGCCCACCCCACGCCCUACGAGCCCCCAACCUGCUCGCCCGGUGUCCCGAGACCCCCUGCCCAGCACCCUGGGGGCAGAGUGGGGUCCCAAAUCCUUCCCGUGGGUGGUGAGGGGCACCCCUGUCCUCCCCCUGCUCACUGGUGCCCUCUGCCCCUCCCCAGCAAGGCAGAGGCCGAGGCCAUCGAGAAGGAGCUGCUGGAGGAUUAUCGGUUUGGGAGGCAGCAGCUCAUCGAGAUCUGGGGACACGCCUGUGCCGUGGCUGUCACCAAGGCGUUCCCGCUGCCCUCGCUGCCCCGGAAGCAGCCCACGGUGCUGGUGGUGUGCGGGCCGGCGCAGAACGGGGCCAUCGGGCUGGUGUGUGCCCGGCACCUCCGCAGCUUUGACUACGAGCCCACCAUCUUCUACCCCAAGCGCUCCCCGGACCCCCUGUACCGGGAUUUCACGACGCAGUGCGAGAAGAUGGACAUCCCCUUCCUCUCCUACCUGCCCACCGAGGUGCAGCUGAUCAACGACGCCUACAACGCCGUGGUGGACGCCGUGCUGGGAGCCGAGGCGGAGGUGGGCGAGGGGAGGGAGCCCUGUGCCGCCAUCCUGGCCACCCUCAAGCACAUCCGCAUCCCCAUCGUCAGCCUGGAUGUGCCCUCAGGGUGGGACGCAGAGUCCGGGGGCAGUGGUGGGAUCAACCCCGAUGUCCUGGUGUCCCUGGCAGCCCCCAAGGAGUGUGCCCGGCGCUUCCUGGGCCGCCAGCACUUCGUGGCCGGGCGGUUCCUGCCCUACGACGUCCAGAAGAAGUUCGAGCUCAACCCCCCCGAGUACCCCGGCACCGAGUGCGUGGUGGCCCUGUGAGCCCCCCAAAUAAAGUGCUUGGUGGCUCCUCCU